CGGCACGCCUUCACAAGCAGCCUGUCUGUCCACGGUGCUUUCUCUCCGUGUGAACUACAAACUGAAGGACAGGAUGCCUGGACUCUUGCUGGGAGACGAGUUUCCAAACUUCGAGGCCGACACCACCAUCGGGAAGAUCAAGUUCCAUGAAUUUCUGGGCGACUCGUGGGGGGUCCUGUUCUCCCAUCCGAGGGACUUCACUCCUGUCUGCACCACUGAGCUCGCGUGUGCAGCAAAGAUCAGCGAUGAGUUCAAGAAACGAGGUGUAAAGAUGAUCGCCUUGUCCAUUGACAGUGUUGAAGACCACCGCGGCUGGAGCAAGGAUGUGAUGGCGUAUAAGGGUGACGCAGGCAGCGCUCUUCCUUUCCCCAUCAUUGCUGAUCACAAGAGAGAGCUGUCAGUCCUUCUGGGCAUGCUGGACCCUGAUGAGAGAGACAAAGAUGGACUGCCUCUCACUGCUCGCUGUGUGUUUGUGAUCGGACCAGACAAGAAGCUGAAGCUGUCCAUCCUCUACCCGGCCACCACGGGGAGGAACUUCGAUGAACUGCUCCGAGUCAUCGACUCCUUACAGCUGACGGCACAGAAGAAGGUUGCCACACCUGUUGACUGGAAGCCUGGUGACAAAGUCAUGGUGAUCCCCUCGCUCUCCGACUCGGAAGCUGCUGCUCUCUUCCCUAAUGGGGUGACAACUAAAGAGGUGCCUUCUGGAAAGAAAUACCUGCGCUUAACCCAGAUCUGAAACUGCAAAAGAAUACAUUCUUGCUGCUCUUCACAUCAGUUUUGUCUUGGAAAUAUUUAGUAGAUGGUUGAUAUGUAGACCUGACCAACAUAACCCUUGAGCCAGGAUCAUCUACUGUCACUGAAGUGCCUUGCUCACUCAAAAUAAACUGAUUUUCACACA